GGCAAGAGUUGACCUCAGCUAUCACAACACACAACACACACACACACACACACACACACACAAACAGCACAUAUAUACACACUGUACAAACACACACUGCCACUGCUGCUAGAAUGCCCCACCAGAAUUGGGCGAUUGACUUCUCCCCCAUGGCCCCGGGGCCUCACCAGUCAGCACUGAGCAGUAAUCAAAUCAGACAACAGGUCGAACUUUAUUAUCAGCCACUCGAUACCAGCUACAGGAACUGCCACAGGCCCGCUAAAGGAAGCCUCAUUGCCAGCCGGGAAAAAAGAAAAAAAAAUGUAAAGGAAAGAGGGGGCUGCAAAAUCAAAAAAAAAAAAAAAAGAAAAGAAAACUUUUUCUGGCAGCAGGGACAUUGUGACUGUUGCCUUGGGCCAGGAGCACUGGAUGGAAGCUUUUCACAGCUGAGGCUAAACGGAUCGUCUUUCCUUUGCAUGUUUACUGGAAGUGGCAGGAAGUUUGUGGUGCAGGUGUCCGGGCUGACGCCGAUGACCUGACGGGGCACGUGGAAACCUUUCAGAUUUUCCACACAGUCUGCACCAGCACAUCCCAGUCCAGUUGAGAACCAAACCCAGUGUGCGAGACUCUGCUGAACACAGAGGGGAGCUUAACUUUCAUAACCAUCACAAGUUGUGAGGAUUUAGUGGCACGCUGACCCUCGUGGUCUGUAGUGAUCCCGCUAUGGGGAAGACGGGGCAGAGCACGGUGGACCUAAACUCCCCGACAGAGGUCAAACAAGCAGUUCCUUUUGAGGACUUGGAUCCUGUCGCGUCCCCUGCGGAUGAAAAGAAGAAAAAAGAGGAGCCACCUGAGCGGGGCAGCUGGAAGGGCAAGUUUGAUUUCCUGCUGUCCUGUGUGGGAUACGCUAUUGGCUUAGGCAACGUCUGGAGGUUCCCCUAUCUGUGUGGCAAGAAUGGUGGAGGGGCCUUCCUGAUCCCCUAUUUUCUGACCCUGGUGUUUGCUGGGAUCCCUCUCUUCUUCCUGGAGACGUCCCUGGGCCAGUUCACCUCAGUGGGAGGGCUCGGCGUCUGGAAACUCCUGCCGAUGAUGAAAGGUGUCGGUCUGGCUGCAGUGGUUCUGUCCUUCUGGCUCAACAUCUACUACAUCAUCAUCAUCGCCUGGGCGCUCUACUACUUGUUCAACUCCUUUAGAUCGGAGCUGCCAUGGCAGAGCUGUGAUAACCCCUGGAACACAGAUAAAUGCUUUUGCAACUACAGUCUGACAGACACCACCAACCUCACCAGCGCUGUCACUGAGUUCUGGGAGCGUAAUAUGCAUCAGCUGUCCAGUGGUCUGGAGGAGCCAGGAGAACUGCGCUGGCCCUUGGUGGGCACCCUGGCACUAGCCUGGGUCCUUGUCUACUUCUCAAUCUGGAAGGGAGUGGAGUGGACAGGGAAGGUGGUAUAUUUCUCAGCCACCUAUCCCUACUUCAUGCUGAUCAUCCUGUUCUUCCGCGGGGUCACUCUGCCUGGGGCGAUCGACGGCAUCCUCUUCUACAUUACCCCAGACUUCAAUAAACUCAUAAGAUCUGAGGUGUGGCUGGAUGCUGCUACUCAAAUCUUCUUUUCCUACGGCCUGGGCCUGGGCUCACUCAUUGCCUUGGGAAGCUACAACACCUACCACAAUGAUGUGUACAAGGACUCCAUCAUCGUGUGCUGCAUCAACUCCUGCACCAGCAUGUUCGCAGGCUUCGUCAUCUUUUCCAUUGUAGGCUUCAUGUCCUACAUCACCAAGAAACCUGUUCAGGAGUUAGCAGCAUCAGGCCCUGGUCUGGCGUUCCUCGCUUAUCCGCAGGCUGUCACCCAGCUGCCCAUGUCCUCUCUCUGGGCCAUCCUGUUCUUCUCCAUGCUCAUGAUGCUGGGCCUGGACAGUCAGUUCUGCACAGUGGAAGGCUUCAUCACAGCUCUGAUGGAUGAAUUCCCCAUGGUGCUGAGGAAGAGGAAGAAGAUCUUCAUCCUUGUUGUCUGCUUCAUCUCCUUCAUCAUUGGCUUCUCCAACAUCACACAGGGCGGUCUGUAUGUGUUCAAGCUGUUUGAUUACUACUCUGCCAGCGGGAUGUGCCUCCUCUACCUCGUCUUCUUCGAAACCGUCUCCAUAUCCUGGUUCUAUGGAGCUGACAGGUUCUAUAGCAACAUUGAGGACAUGAUCGGCUAUCGGCCCUGUGGUUGGUGGAAGCUGUGCUGGAUGUUCUUCACUCCGCUAAUCUGCCUGGGGGUGUUUACCUUCAGUGCCAUUGAGAUGACCCCUCUGACCCUGGGGAAGUACGUGUACCCGCUGUGGGGCCAAGUGAUCGGCUGGUUCAUGGCUUUGUCCUCCAUGGUGCUGAUCCCUGGCUACGUCAUCUUCAUGUUCUGCACUGCAAAGGGCAGCAUCAAACAGCGCUGGCGGAGGAUGACAACUGCCCAAGAGGAUGGGAAGCCAUCGGGGCAUGAAGAAUUCACACACACAGGGAGCGUGGGUGAAGCCCCUGUCUAGCCUGGAUAAGUCAGGUUGAAGUAAUCUGGCUUCCGUUUUACCCCCUGUUCUUUGAUGUGAUCUGUGUUGAAAUUUAACAAUUGGACAGGUGGAAUCGAGUUGUAUAUUUACCAUGUUUCCCUCCAUCUUAAGUUGUGCUGAAAAAUCAAGGGAUGGAGUAAAGGAGAAGGCACUUUGGAUAAAUUUUAGAUGUUGUGAUGCUGUGUGUCAAGAAGUAGGCUCCGUGUGACCGCAAAUGUGAUGCUUUAGAUGAGCGUCGAAAGUGUACAUUGCAAUCCAGAUACGGAUAACGUACGACUGUGUGAUUAUUCGUCCCAUUUUUCAAAUUUGAUAAUUGCAAAGUCUCGAUAUUUCUGUCUCACCGGCCAAUGCAAUGACCGCUGCAAUGUACAUUAUAUCUUGAAGACAUUGCACAAUCUGGUAAAACUUGACUCCAAGCAUGAAGCUGUAAUCCAUUAAAGCCCAUUUGCUUUUGGUCCAGCUUAAAGAGCCACCCAUCCUGACAUCGUGAUAUAUUUUGUCCACAAAAAAAAAUUAGUUUUGCCAUGACAUGUAUGUCUGUGGACCAUACUAUUAUAUGUUUGUGUUUGCUGAUUAAGUGCACAUACAAAUAUACAAAAAGAACACUUCAUUUGCAACUAUAAUAUGAAUGUCUGUAAUGCAUUUCAGCAGUGUACCGAUUAAGUGUUACCACAUUUCUUGUUUUGUUCAUAUGGAUGUUUUGUUUAAAGAGGUAGCUUUAUGAUUUUAUGAAGUACUGUACAGUCUAUUUACUAUAGAGCAAGCAGUUUGACAGUUAACCCAGCUGUGAUAUGCAGUAUUCACAUUUAAAAUUUAAGAUGUUAUAUAUUCAUAAAUGUUGAUAGUCAUUUCAGCUCAUUCGAUUCAAAUAGUCGUCUGCUGUAAAUAUAACUGCUUCAAAAUAGCUAAGCACAGUGUCUGUUUUUUAUUAAACAAAAAAGUGCAAAAUGUGAUACAAGAUUGUGUUUUGUCAAUUUCGGGAGGAAUAUGAAGAAUGUUGCCUGACACUGGUUUAUUUUAUUUUUUUUUCCAUUUCAAUAAAAGUAAACAUCAAACCA